AUGAGCGCUGCAAUCGUUGUGGCAAGUGCGGGAAGCGCUGCUGCCGCGGAAACGCUCCGGUUCAGCCAUACGGACAAUCCUGGUGGUUCUCGCCAGGCGGCGGCGGAGCUUUUUGCCGAAAAGGUCGCUGAAUACACAGACGGACGUUAUGAAGUUCAGAUCUUCCCGUCGGGUCAGCUGGCAAACGAUCCGAAGGCCAUUGAACUGCUCCAGCUCGGUGGCAUCGACUUUACGGUCUCCGCAACGGGCAGCUACGCCACUCACCUGCCGACGCUUAACCUCACUGCGAUGCCGUUCCUGGUCGACACAUAUGAGCAGGGCUGGGAACUCUAUGACAAUUCGGAUUGGCUGCAGGGCGAAUUUGACAAGCUGCCUGAAAAGGGCUUCCGCGUCCUGUCGACCUGGGAGGCCGGUUUCCGGAGCUUCACCACGAACGAGCCGCUCGCCUCCCCUGAAGAUGCUCAAUCCAUGAAGAUGCGCGUCUUUCCGAACGACAUGAUCCGCUGGUCGAUGGAAGCCAUCGGUUUUCAGACGGUCGUCAUGCCGAUCACAGAUGUCUACCUGUCGAUCCAGCAAGGCAUCGUGAAUGGCCAGGAGAACCCGGUCGACACGAUCAAUUCCCUUCGGUUCUAUGAAGUGGCUCCCAACAUCACGCUGACGCGUCAUGUCUAUAGCCCGCUGCCCCUGACGAUUGCCGAGAAGACCUGGCAAUCCUUUUCUGACGAAGACAAGGAAGCAGUACGGAAGGCAGCUGCCGAAUCCGCAGCCUUCAGCCGCAACCUGGUGAAAAGCUCCGUCGACAGCCAGCUGUCCCAGAUGACAGAGGACGGCGCCAAGGUCAGCGUUCCUGAAAUCGGACCGUUCCGCGAAGCCGUGCAGCCGGUUUAUGCAAAAGCAAAAGACGUCUACGGCGAGGAAGCUGUCAACAAUAUCCUCUCCGAUGCCGCGGCCAUCAGAGACGCGCUUCCGGCGCAAAACUGA